CUUGUCAUUUACGAGGAAACUGAAGUGAAGCUCAUACUCUGAGCGCAAAAGACUCACCUACACACGAGUGGAAUGAAAACAUCUGAAUUAGUCACUGGACUCCGCCUUUGAUUCCAACUAAAGGUACAAAUCGACGACUUGGUACAGUACAGUUCCACUAUUUUGGAAGUUUUGCUCUGUUUUUGAUAGCUUUGAUCUUCAGUAUAAUAGUACAGCGGGACUUUGUGCUUGGAGACUGAAUCAGUCUGGACACUGAAGACUCGGUGUCCAAGCAGCAUCCUUGCAGCGCACUCUUGUAUUUGACUGUCUGAUUUGAAAUAUGUCCACAAUAAUGGAACAGCCUUUUUAUGACGACUCGUUUCUCUCUGCUUAUGGCCAUCCAGGCGCAGCCCUGCCAGACUACAAGCUGCUAAAGCAGAACAUGAACUUGAACUUCUCCGAUUCAUAUCGGAACUCAAACUUCAAGUCACAGCACCUGCGCGCCGACAGUGAUUUCUAUUCAGCGGGGACGGCGGACGUGGGCUCCCUGAAGCUCGCCUCUCCUGAACUGGAGCGACUGAUCAUCCAGAAUAGCAACGGGGUCAUCACUACAACGCCGACACCUACCCAGUAUCUCUACAACCGCGGGAUCACAGAGGAGCAGGAGGGUUUUGCUGACGGUUUUGUUAAAGCGCUGGACGACUUACACAAGAUGAACCAGAUGGCCCCCCCAAAUGUGUCCAUCGGCACGGGUGGCGUUGCCUGCUCGGCGCCCGCCUCGGUGUUCGGCUCCUCCAUGCAGCCAGAACCGCUCGAGUACACCACCCUGAGCAGCUGCACCACGAACCCCAGCCUGUCAUCUGCUGCCAGCUACCCCUCCACCACCAUCAGCUACCUGCCACACCACCAGUAUCACCAGCACCCCCAGGCCGUUGCGCACGGCUCUCACCAUUUCCAGCACUCCCUGGCCGGGGCCGGCAUCCACUCGCAACGCUUCGGGUUGAAAGAGGAGCCUCAGACAGUCCCCGACAUGCUGAGCAGCGACAACAGCUCUCCGCCGAUGUCCCCCGUCGAUAUCGAGAACCAGGAACGCAUGAAAGCGGAGCGCAAGCGGCUGAGGAACCGGCUGGCAGCCUCUAAGUGUCGGAAGCGAAAGCUGGAACGCAUCGCUCGCCUGGAGGACAAGGUGAAAGUGUUGAAAACAGACAACGCCGGACUCUCAAACACAGCUUCUGUACUGCGGGAGCAGGUGGCCCAACUCAAACAGAAAGUGAUGACACAUGUGAGCAGUGGCUGCCAGCUCAUGUUAGCGCCCAAAGUGAAGUCUUACUGAAGAAACAAUGCACUUUUUAAAAAAAAACACUGGACAACAACUGCACUGACAAUUACACCAUGAACAAUGUCUUUACACAUUGUCUGUAUGAGAACUGGAUCAUUAUGGUUUCUUUGGCUCAAAGAAAAGUAGCCUACACAUAUAUCAUACAAGACUAAAACACUUUGGGCAUUUUUGACUACGUUUUUAAAAGUGUCGUCUUGGCUGUUUACAUUUUACUUUAUUUGUGAUCAAUUCUGAUGUAAGUUAUUUGUGUUUGUCGGGUUGAGCCUGAUGAGCCUGUCUUUUUUUUACUUGUACAGUAUAUAUUUAAGUAAAUGAAAUUAUGAAAUAAGA